AACAAACAGUCUGAACCAUUAAGUGCUGAACCAUUCAAACAUCUGAACCAUUAAGAGGCUGAAACAAACAGCCCCUAAGUGUGAGAAGUAAUUUUAGCGGUCAUUCUUUCCCACUUUUGUAGGAACCAAAGGAAAUUAUUCUUCAAAUUCCACUAUGGUAGGAACCAACAGAAAUUCUUCUUCAAAGGUACCCAUUAUUGUUGCAACUACAGUUGGAAUUAUAUUCACAACCGCGGUCUUCUGUCUCGUGAGAAUGAGGCGACGUGUCACAAAGACAAAUGGUAUACGUUUAAGAACAGACGUAAAUGGCAUUUCAAGUGAAUCUUCGCAAUAUGAUUUUGCUACUAUUCAAGCUAUUACUAAUGAUUUCUCUUAUAAAAUCGGACGAGGCGGAUACGGUUUUGUUUACAAGGGAAAACUUCCUAAUGGCCAAGACGUAGCUAUAAAAAGGCUUUCAAGAAGCUCGGGACAAGGUGUUCGAGAGUUCACAAAUGAGGUUGAAGUAGUUGCCAAGCUCCAACAUAGAAAUUUAGUUAGAUUGUUGGGGUAUUGCUCUGAAGUUGAAGAAAAGAUACUCGUCUAUGAAUUUGUGCCUAACAAAAGCCUUGAUUACUUUUUAUUUGGUCAAGAGAGUCAAUAUCUUUUGGAUUGGUCAACACGGUACAAGAUUAUGGAAGGAAUAGGACGUGGACUACUCUACCUUCACGAAGAUUCUCGUCUUAGAAUUAUACACCGUGAUCUCAAAGCAAGCAACAUAUUAUUGGAUGCAAAUAUGAGUCCAAAAAUAGCAGAUUUUGGCAUGGCAAGAAUUUUCGCAUUUGAUCAAACAAUUGAAAGUACUAACAGAAUUGUUGGAACAUAUGGUUACAUGUCCCCUGAGUACGCAAUGCAUGGAGAGUUUUCUGUGAAGUCAGACAUGUUCAGCUUCGGUGUUCUUAUCUUAGAGAUUAUUUCCGGAAGGAAAAAUAAUAGUUUCCGCCAAUCAAAUGGAGCACGAGACCUUCUGAGCUAUGUCUGGGAGCAAUGGUUAGAUGGAAGACCUCAAGAGAUCAUAGAUCCAAAUCUUAAGAGAUUAUAUAUAGUGGAAGAAGUCAUCCAAUGUAUACACAUUGGUUUGGUAUGUGUUCAAGAAAAUGCUGACAAAAGACUUACGAUACAAGAGAUUAUGUUGAUGUUCAGUAGUUAUUCGAGUAACAAUUGGCCGGUACCUUGUGAACCUGCAUUUUAUCGAAGUGUGAAUGAGGACAUACAUAUAGAGCCAAUAGAGGCUUGUCAAUCUCUCACAUUCAAUGAAGUUUCAAUAUCUGAACUAUGUCCAAGAUAAUGACCAAUUUCCACUUGAUAAUAUUAUGGUGACAUGUGGGUGUACAUCUACACCCUUAUUAUAUAAGGGCCUAUAAUGUUAGGAUCUCCCUUUUUCCGUCCAUUUUUACUGUUUACAUUAACGUCGUUUGGUCCUUCUCCACUCACGGCUUCUCAUUUUCAUCCUUUACCUUCGUAGCUUCUACACAAUGCG